AUGACGAGUGCUAUUGGCCCGGGUGCACUUCAGUAUGCCUCCAAGUUCAGCAACUCCAACAAUAAUGUCAUCAUCACCUCAACUAUAGUUGGGCUUUCGAACGUGUCUGGGCCCUCCAACUCCACCGUGGUGUUACCUCAAGGAGGUCUUCAUCUUCAGUCUCACCAUCACAACAACACCAGUACCCACGCCUCCUCCAACUCCUCCACUACGACCACAUUUUACUCUGGCGUCAAGCUGGCGCCUCCUGUUCUGAGCGCAUCGGUCGAGCAAUUGGAGCGAAGGGCAUCCGACCAAAAGGUCUGGUACACGAUCCAGGUGUGCCCCUGUGACCUGACUAUUAUAACUCCAGCGUCAACAUCAGCAUCCACAUCAGCGUCGUCUUCAGCUGGGCCAGCAAUGGGCACCAGCUCUGGAGGGUGUUCUGGAGGAUCUGGAGGGACCGUGACAUCCAUCCCUCGAAAGUCGUACAAGAUUUAUCGGCGCUAUGAGGAUGUAGCUGAUUUUGCCGAUCAGCUCGAGGAGGAGUUCACAGGAAGGAUGGUUGCCCCGUCCGCCGGGAUCGACCUGCAGCAUGACACAAAGGAUUAUCCAAAUGUAGCCUCAACAGCGACUUCGACUUCAGGAGGAGGAUUUGGCUCCAGUAGCUACUGCGUUAACGGCAACAUGCCUGGCUCGGGCUCAAUUGCUUUCACGGAGAAGGGGAUGAUGGAUGGGGGCGCGAGCGCAACAAAUACCAACAACAACGCCGUCACCCUGCCUCGCCUCAAAUCGCGCCUGGUCCUCUUUGUCACCAAGGCCGUCUGUCUUCAGCGCAAGGAGGAGCUGGAUCGAUAUCUGCAGGAGCUCUUUGCCCUCGGACCCAUCAUUGCGCAUUCGCGUCUUGUGGCCGAGUUCUUUGGGAUCUGGAAGACGGAUAUGGAGGUACAUCUUAGUCAGGAGGACCGAGACCCACUCGCCUUGCAUUCUGUCGCGGCGAUAACGACUGUGUUCGACAAUGAGAAGGAUAGCAACAUGGAUCUUGAGCACGAAUCCGAGGAGGCAGAGAACGGAGAAGAUGCGGCUAAACGCGAAGCGUUGCAGGACCGACCGACAUCAACGGGAGAACCUGUUACGGAAACGACAAUGAUGGAUUCCUCUCUAUCUGCGCUAACAGCAACAUCUCCUUCACCACUCAUUCCCUCCCCCGUUUUUGCCGACAUCCUGGAUGCUCACUCAACCUAUAAUUAUUCCUCUUCGUCGACGGUUGAUCCCACUUCUUUCUCCACGAAUUCCCAAGCUUUGAGUUCAGCUACAACAAUGACGAACACGACAUCGACCUAUCUCGCCUCUCCGUCUCUUUCGCCCAGUUCUACUGCUUAUGAUCUUCAAGAUGUGGGGUGGACGCCCAGUCUGUCGACACUCCUUCCUCUGACCACUGAGACAGGAACUGAUGUGGAUGCUGUGAUGGUAUCGCCUACCGAGCCUACAGCGCCGUUUCCUCUUCCCCUUGGUCACUCCCACCUUGAACCCGCCGCAGAUGGCUAUGAAUCGGGAACGGGCACUGAGACCGAGAUUCUCAGCGAUCUUACAACUCGAACGAUCAAGAAGUUCAAGUCUCUUCGCCGCUCUCACACCUCCUCCAGCCACAGUCGACAGCAGCAACAACAAGACUCUAAUGUUCAAGAGGACUCGAACCCUGGGCCGACAGGUCGAUCGGGCUCUGUGUCUGGGCCUUCUGGAGGCGGUGCUGCGGUGCCUUUGACCACUACUGUAACCCAGCCAAAGUCCAAGAUCAUGAAACGGUCCAAAACGAUCGUUUUUCGUCCAGAAGUGACAAUGCAACCUCUUUCAUCCAAGAAUGUGAUUCCUCCAUGGAACCGGAUCCCUUCCUUUGCCAAUAACAACAGCAGCAACAACUCUGGUGCUACGCCCAUCUCACCGAUUAGUCCGACAACACCUCAAUCUGCGACGGCCAUGUCUGGAUCCUCUGGGGGCUCCACACCCAACACUGUUGCGAGCGAUCAGGCGCAAACACCUUCCCCAUCAUCCUCGGACAUGGACGGGCAGCAACAACACUAUCAGCCCAGAAAGUUGACAAUGUCGCACUCCAAGACCAUGUCAUCCAUCUCUACCACUCCUAGUUGGCCGUUCGGGAACAACAACAACAGCGUCGACCACUCUAUUCUGGCACCAGGAUCUCUUGCGGGAUUGUCAUCGUCGUCUGUGUCGAGUAGCAACACCGCCAACACCAGGAACGGCAGCAUCACCAGCACACGGUCCAUGUCUAUCUCGACUGGUAUGACCCCCGCCACCUUGGUUGCACCCUGGAAUCGAGCAAAUGGCAACGGCGAUACCAACACGCACUUGCACUCGCUGAUCAAGAUGUCGGGUCAGCCUUCACCGUCCUUGCAGUCACCCCUGAACUCGCCUUUUGUCCCUGUCGAGUUGGGUCGAUCUUUCCAUAAGAAGGAGAGUCAAAGUCAAAGGUCGCCUUCGAAUAGAGGAACCAAUGACCGUGCUGUGCCCGUGUUGACUCAGCCACCUGAGGCUCGUAACAAGAACCAGGAUGCAACGUCAUUGUCGUCUGUGAGUGGAUCUACGAUGAAAUGUGGCAGUGGUGGUGGUCGAGCGAGGAAGCCGGGGAUGACCCAUUCGGUCUCUGCGCCUGGCGGGUUCCUACCCAUCAUGACUGUUUCUGCACCCGACUCUUCUACCGGAAGUGCGUCUGCGUCGAUGGCGGAGGAUGUUUCGGGACAGUCUGUCAAAGCAGCGGCGACCAGGAAGCGUGUUAGUCUGCACUCACCCUGUCUUCCCACCAAGCAGCCCGUGGGUAUCUUGAAGAACGCGCAGAGGGGUACCCGCAAGGCGAGUCUGACAGUUCCUGGCGCGGUCAUGUUCCCGGUCCAGUCUUCCCCUACAGCCAUUGCUUCAGCUUGUUCGACAUUGACGUCUUCUUCCUCGCCCUCGACUCCAACUACGGCGGUUGGAGGGGGAGGAGGAGGAGGAGGAGGAGGGACGCAUGGCACUGGGACUUUGGCGACGACGUUCAAGAUUGUGAUGGACGCCGACACCAUUGUUGCGCUCCAAGUCCUUGAAGACAGCAGCUUUGUCUUGACCAUGCCCGAAUUGCGGUCCCGUGUCAAGGCCAAGCUGACAAAGUCUAACAUUCAGCUACCAGACAAGUUUGAUCUGCUCUGGACUGUGACGACAAACUCUAUGACCUUGGCGUCGCCCUCACCUUCGACUCCUACUUCUGGGAUGUCGGCCAUGUCGAUUAACCAGGCUAGUGCUGCCUUGGACCAAGGUGUUAUGCUCAAGACUGACGAAGACCUCCACCGCGCCAUUCAUGCCUCCCGAAACCACAAGGUCACCCUCCGCUGCAUCCUUUGA